AUGGCGUCGUUGUCUACCCCAUCCAGAGUUUUGAGGUCGCUAGCUAGGGAGCUGAAGGCCAUUUAUAAACAGGAGAAACUCAGUGAGGUACCUGCUUAUGCUUACCUCCAUGAUCAGCUACGUAGUUUUCAAGUGACGGGAGAGAAAAUUUGCAGAGCUCAGCAUGAAGUUGAAUAUGUUGCACGAACCUACCUUUGCUACUUAGAAAGCACAAGAAAACAAGAGGAACUUAGUAACCUGUACAGGGGGAGAGGUGAGCGAAGCAUUGAGAGCAGCGCUGAGAUAGUUGGUCUGAAGUUACCCAAGUUGUACUCAGAAGAUCUUCAGCCAAAGCCACCCCAGGCAUGA